AUGCCACGAAGAACCAUAUCCCAUCUGGAAAACAUAAUCGAGACCCAGAUCAUGACAAUCUCACAAAGGGCCAAACAACGAGACGAUGCGAUUACAGAGCGAGACGCCGCAAUGAAAGAAAGAGAUGACGCGAUAAAAGAACGAGACGACGCGAUGAAUGAACAAAACAGCUCAACACAGGAACUCUACAUGCCCACCAUAACCCGCGGCCUAUACAUCACCGCAGACCCACCAGCCCUUAGCACCCACAUAGAAGUACUACACGACCUGCCCGACGACGAACAAGAACUCGUUUGGUCGUCUAACUGGAGAUCAAUUCAACCAGAAAACUACCAACGUGAGGACGCAGUGACAGUCAACAUGCAUGGCAGAUUCGGCACACGUCUGCCUGGUAUAUUUGUUGCGCAUGAAGAGGUGGAGAGGCCAAUUCGGUUAUGGUACUUUACAGAGGCCGGAAAGGCGGUGGUGAAGAUCGACAAUCUGGGGAUGGAGCGGGAUGGUAUCGAGGAGUCGUACAAGAGCCAAACCAUGAGUCUCAACCGCUUGUGGACCGAUAGUCAUCGUUACCGGUGGAUCCCAGGAGGAAAGGGUAAGCGAGAUGUGGACAAGAAGGAGGAAGCCCGCAAGAAGGAUGACAAGCGAAAGGGCAACGAGAAAGCAGAAAAACUGAAGCGCGGUGUUGAUGAGAAGCAGAAAGUAGACAAAGCGGACAAAGAGGCGAAGAAGAAAGCCAAGAAGAAUGAAGAAGGGGAAGCAUUAGCUAAGAUCUUUGAAGACGAGCUUGGGCUUAGCAGACGGCGAUAG